AUGGACAAGCAUAUCAUGUGGAUGAGAGGAGAUCCUUUAUGUAAGACGACCUCGGCAGGAGUUAUCGGCGGCAUCCUACAUAACGCUUGCUACGAACAAUUUGCAAAUAUUGCUAUCGACGUGGAAACGUUUGUUUCGAAGAAUUUCCCACAAGGUCAAGAGAACGUAUUUCCUGUGGAUCUUUUCCGUCCAACAGAUCUCUCCCGUACCUUGCCAUUUCUUGAAUCUUUUGCCCCGAAAAAGUUGUAUUUGGUUUACUCCCAAGCAGACCAAAAGGACUUCGCUACUGAGGUCUUGGAUCAAUCACUCGAUCAUAUGAAGCGCAAUGAAAAAACAAGAAGAGAACGAUUCAAUUCGAUCAUGAAUUCCAAAGGUAUUGAAGGACGUCCAUGGAGCUGGCCGGUAGUUGAAGCUAUUUUGGAGUCCGACUUAUUUGAAGACACAAAAGGUUGGAGGAAUAAUAGAAUCUUGAGAUAG